AUGCGACGGAUCCUCCUUGGUGGGUCAGAUGCGAAGAAGGAUCCUCCUGGUGAGCCGCAAAACGGCGAAGAGGAUAAAGAUGCUUGCGAUACUGGUGAGGAAGACUCGGAAUGUAAUUUUCUCCGAACCCAUUAUCCGAGUGCCUCUGAACUUGACGCGGAGAAGAAGAAGCAAGCAGAACAGAUCAAGCAGGAAAAUCGUUUAGCACGAGGUAAGAGUCAGAGAACCCGGACUCUGUCGCAUACACAGACAGGUGCAUACGUAGGAAACAGCACCGCCAGGAGGAUAGUGUUGCGACUUAGUGCAAAGGAAGAAGCUGCUGCGAAAGCAGCUGCUGCUGCGAAACAAGCUGCUGCGAAGGAAGCAGCUUCUGCGAAACAAGCUGCUGCGAAGGAAGCAGCUGCGAAAGAAGCAGCAUCUGUGAAACAAGCACCAGCGAAAUUAGCGGUUUUGAAAGUACCUGGUGGGUAUGAUCCAUUUGCUGUUGCGGCCGAGGAAAGCAAGAAAGAAAUGGCUGAUUACUGUGCCACCUUACCGGGUUAUCCGAUGAAGGAGCCGGAUAAACAUGAAUACCCACUUUGGUAUUGGUGGUGGACUCUGCUGACUGAGGAAGAGUGGCUGGAUGACACUCAUGUCAGUGCCUGGACCAGAAUGAUGGCUCGUCGCCUGGAAACGCACCCGGACUGGUUUAAGAGUGAUAGGAUCAUGUUUCUUGACAGUAGGAUCACACAGUAUUGGGCGAGGGACUGGCCAAAUUUCCAGGCCUGUGAACUUCUUCCUGCCCAGUCACUGGACUGGUAUUUUGGGAAGCUCCCGAGAAGCAACUGA